AUGUUCAGAAGUUCUGAUAUAACAAGCAGCUUCAUAUCCACAGAGACACACCUGGAGAGGUUCUUGGAGGAUCUUGGGAUGGUGCAGCACUUCACAGAGAAGCUGUCCCUGAGUAAAAUACUUCAGAUUGAUGAGAGGACCAUUACUGACGAAACUGCCAAGUGUCAAUCAGAUCUUCCAUGGUAUUUCCUGAAGAAACUCAUGAUGGUUAAUGUGACAGCCAGGAAUGUGAAGUGUAUAUCAGAAUGUGAAUCAGCCUGUGAUGCUGCAUCAGAUAUUACAGAGUUCAAUUUUGAUAAUCUGCUUGACAGUCCAAACUCAGGUGACAUGCUGAACCCCCUUGACAUCAUCACUGCUCUCUUUCUGUGUUCUGAUGCUUUUGUACAGCAGGAGAUGGCACUCAAAAUGUCUAUGUGUCAGUUUUCUGUGCCGCUGCUGCUUCCUAAUUGUGACACACAACAGUGCACACUCAUGCUUUGGGCCUUGAGAGAUAUGGUUAAAAAAUACAGACCUCAGUCACUCUCACAAUCCAAGGGCUUUUUUGAAGACAGAAUUGUUCUCUCUGAACUUCCAAUGAUAUCCUUUGUGAGACUGGGGGAAUGCUCCUUGUCCAAGUCAGAGAUUCUCAAUAAGCUUCUGAGCAAUUCUCAGCAGUACCAUGAUACCUUUGUUCACCGUAACAUGGAGUGUGGCGACAGUCCAAGAAGAAUAUCUGAUGGACUGACUGAAAUUACUUGGUACCUUCCUCGUGGAAAAACAAGUGAUAUUUUCAGUGUGCCAGUAGCUGUAGCUAACCUUCGAGGGGACAUUACUUCAUUUGAAACACAGUUUUCUUUUUUGUGUCAGACAUCUGCUGCAGUUUUUGUGUUCUUUGACAAUUUGGACACUGACUGCAAGCUGCUUACUAACCAACACCACAAGGCACAGAUCUUCUUGGUGGGUAACCAUCAAAGCAAGCACUUCAAUUUAAAUUCUCUAAAAAAAGUUGCAAUUAAGUUGGGCUUGACAAACAACAACAUCCUUAUUAAGACUAAGCAGACAAAUGAUGCAGACUUCGUCAAAAAUUUGAGGAAAACAGUGAAGGAUGUAGUUGAUAACUCAAAGAUGAAGAUGUGCAUAGAGCAGAUGGCUGACAUUGCCCAUGAACUGGGAAUCUCGGUUGAUGAAGACUGUCCAGAGUGCCAGACUGCCAAGAAAAAUGCAGAUGCCAUCACUGCAGAAAUUCAAGACACCCUUAAAUACAAACAAGAGCAGCUUCCCCUGCAAGGACAAAUAUGGAAGGACCUGACGAGUUUAGAGAAGGAAGAAUUUCGGCUUCGAAAAGUUGGGUCUGAAGCAAUCGAAACUUACAGAAGUGGUCUUCAAGUACAGAAAAGAGAACUUCGAGACAGACAAAACUCUUAUAACAUGUCAAAUGCGAUGACAUGCUUCAUCAAUGCAAUAUCGAGCCCAGGGACAGAGAGAUGUUAUUUCCUGAAAUGGAUGCGAAUUAAUCUUGACAACCUGUCUCGAGAAAGACUAUCGGACCUCAGGGAGCAGUACAAAGAAAAAUCCAAGAAUUCUGAGAACAAAGAUGAGAUCAAAGACAUUGACAGAGAACUUUCCAACAGCUCACUGGGGACUGAACACUUCUUCCGUGAAAUGGGUCAGAUCUAUGAAGCUUCAGUUUCCCUUCCAGAGACAGACCCAUCACGUCAACAGUUGCAACAUCUGCCCAAACUCUGUGCAGGAUUGCUGCUGGAUGGAUUUCCUCUUGAGCUUGUAGAUGGAGAUGCCUCCAACAUACCUCUCAGAUGGGUGAGUGAUGUUCUCUCUCAGCUCCAUGACUUGGUGUCUCCCAAGAACAAGAUACUGGUAGUCACAGUUCUUGGAGUUCAGAGCACAGGAAAGUCCACUCUUCUUAACACCAUGUUUGGAGUGCAGUUUGCAGUCAGCAGUGGUCGAUGCACUCGAGGUGCUUUUAUGUUGCUCAUCAGAAUCAAUGAAUAUAUCAGAAAAGUGCUCAACUGUGACUUCAUGGUGAUCAUUGACACUGAGGGCUUAAAGUCACCAGAGCUUGCGCAACUGGAUGAUAGCCAUGAACAUGACAAUGAUCUUGCUACACUUGUCAUAGGGCUGAGUGAUAUCACCAUCAUUAAUAUUUCAAUGGAGAAUUCAACAGAAAUGAAGGACAUCCUGCAAAUAGUUGUGCACGCUUUUCUCAGGAUGAAAGAGGUGGGCAAAAAGCCGAAAUGUCAGUUUGUUCAUCAGAAUGUAUCAGAUGUCUCAGCCAAUGAUAAUAACUUAAGAGACAGUAAACUGCUCUUGCAACAGUUAAAUGAGAUGACACAGGCAGCCGCCAAAAUGGAAAAGAAAGAGGAGAACAAGAGUUUCACGGAUGUGAUGGAGUACAGUCCAGAUACUGGGAACUGGUACAUUCCUGGUCUGUGGAAUGGAAACCCACCAAUGGCACCGGUCAAUGCAGGGUACAGCGAAGCUGUAUAUGAGCUCAAGAAAAACAUCAUCCAUCUACUGGGAAAAUGUGAUUCAUCUGCUAAUGAUAUCUUGGAGUUCAAAGAGUGGAUGUCAAGCCUGUGGAAUGCAGUAAAGCAUGAAAACUUCAUCUUCAGCUUCAGAAACAGUCUAGUGGCUGAUGCAUACAUGAGGCUAUGCACAGAAUUCAACAAAUGGGAAUGGGAAUUCAGAAAAGACAUUUACAAGUGGGUUACAAAUGCUGAAACAGGAAUUUCAAAUUUCGGCACAGUUGCUGCAAAGUGUGAAAUAGCUGACAUGAAAGAUCUUGUCACGUGUUUGAAAAGUGAAGCCUCCACAGUGCUGUCUAAGUGGGAGACAAAGCUUCUUGAAAAUUUGACAAAGUACUUCAAGCAAACAGAGGGUCAUAUCUAUUUAGUAGAAGGAUACAAAGAGGACUUUGCAAACAGUGCAAAGAGCCUUCGACGAGAAAUGAAAAACUCUGUGUUUCAUCAGCUGACUGCAGCAGCAGAAAUCAAACAGGGAAUGAGAGAACUUGAUACAAUCAAGGAAAAUCACACAAAAGAAAUUGAAAAGGCAGUGUGCGCACUGAUUGAUCAAUGUCGCAAGAAGAAUGUCCAGAUGAGAGAUCAUGAGCUGGAAAAGGAAUUUAAUAAGAUGUGGAAUGAAACAGUGAAGAAACUGUCUUUUUCUGAACAAAAGGCAACAGAUGUCUUCACCAAUGUAUCCUACCACCUGAGAACAAAUCUGUCAUACAAGGGGAGUCAUGCAUGUGAGUUGUUGAGUAAACAAAGCCUGAAAGACUGUGGCAAAAUGCCUUUCAAAUAUACAGAGGAGGGAUUCUGCAUACAAGUUAAACGUCGAGUGAGCAAAUGGAUGAGCGGGCAAGAUCACAUCAUGAUGGUACAAAAGAUGGCUGACAGUAUCAUAGCUUGUUGCAUUCAGUUUGUGACUGAAAUAGUCGAAAGGAAAAACAAUUACUCUGACACUUACAUCCAGGAGAUGCUACAAAUGAUUGAUGAGAGGCUGCAAAACGAUCAGGAUGUAAAGACAGGCAUUGAAUUUGAAGUUUCUCUAAAACAACACAUCUGUGGAGUUGCAGCCAGCAAAUUUCAGAAAAUGCACGAAGACUUCCUACAUGUGAAUGAUCCUUACAGAUGUCUGGAUCAAACCAAAGGGAAGUUUUGUGCUGAUUUUAAAGAUGUGUUUCAUAAACGAGACCAGUGCCAGAAGAAGGCAGAAGAAUUCACCAACCGAUGCUUGAAGCCUGCAGUCGAGGACUUCAUCAACCGUUCCCUGGGUCCUGAUAUCAUUGGUGAGAUGCUGACACAACAACAGUUCAGCACAAGAAUAUCCAUCCAGUAUUCAAUUUUACUGGAUUUGCAUUCAAAGGAUAAUUUUGAAAAGUAUUUGAGCUACAUUUGCUCAUAUGAGGAAUAUGUGAAGAAUUGGACACUCGAACAGAUAGUGACUCACUUCUCAAAUGGUUCCAAGAUGUCUGAGUUUGAAGAUCGUCAUAUUCAGUCAAGUAUCAACAGCAUAAAUGAUGCUAUCAACAAGGCCAAAAUGAUAAAGAGUGGCAACUUGAAGACAUUUGUUGAUCAUGUGUGUCAGGAACUUGGAGAUAAACUGGUCAUUUCCCAGGAUGCUCUUAAUGCUUUCAUGAUUCUGAACAACGCAAACCAGGAACAGUUUGCUCACUGGUUCACAGAGUGUGUGAAUGAGAUGGGACAAGCUCUUAGAGAAGAUUUCAAAAAAUCAAACAUCCAGAUAAAACUGAAGCAUCUCCAUGUGAAGCCUCAGAAUGAGCUUUUCACCAAACUGAUGGGAUGUGGUAAACACUGUCCGUUUUGCAAAGCUCCAUGUGAUGCGGGAGGAAAAGCCCAUACUGAGCACUGGGCUUCACUGCAUCGGCCAGAGGGUCUUGGUAGAUAUCGAUGGUACCAGACAAAAAAACUUGUCACUGACAUAUGCACAUCGUCUGUGAUCAGUGAUGACAAUUUUCGCUGUAAUGUUACAAACAAGGAAUGGCACCCCUACAAGAAAUAUACAGAUAUUUUCCCAGACUGGAAAAUUCCUCCAGAUGUAAGCCUUCAGGCAUCAGACUACUGGAAAUACAUACUGUCAAGGUUUAACAGUAUGUUUGCAGAAGCAUAUAAUGCACAGCCUGCUGAUAUUCCUAAAACUUGGAAAAAUAUCACACGUAAGCAGGCAGAGGAGAGUCUCAGAGAGUCAUUUAACAUCAAGUGAGAGACUACAUGCUGUGUGUUUACAGAGGUGCACAUUCUCCUCAUUACAUUGAUUCAUUCAUUAUUCUCUCAUGGACAUUUUCAUCUUCCUGUUAAUUAGACAUUAAAAAACUACAACUUGCGAGUGGGCAAUAUAAAAAUAUCAAACAAACACUACAGUCAGUGCUCACCUUCAUCCGAGGUUGAUGUCGUGUUAAAUAAUAAUAAUCAGCUUUAACACUAUUCUAAUGUUGAUGAGCUCAGUUUUAAAUGCUUUUUGAUUCUCUGAGUCAAUGUACAUGUGAGGAACACAUGUAACAAACAUACCAAGAAACAUAUCAAAUUAAAUUAAACUUUGUCUUUUUCUUUUAGUUUUUGUGACGUAUUAGAUAUUAAGAUAUGUACGUGUAUCAUUUUAUAUAUCUUAAAAGAUCAGUUUGUUUUGUGGAGUAUCUGAUGCAAAUAUUUACAUUUCCAGUGUUGUAAAAUGUAAUUAAGUCUGUUUAACAUAUUUUCAUUACAAGAGUGUUUUAUUUUUAUUUUCUUUAUCUUUUAAUGAGUGUGUGAUUGUCUUACUUAGAAUUCAGAAUCUCUUGGUUUUAUUUCAUUUAAGUAUCUGGUGCCAAAUAUUUGCACAUCCACAGUAAUUAAAAUAUCAUCAUUCUAUAUUGGUGUCCUCAACAUAUUAGAUAUAGAUAUAUAGACAUAUUAGAUUAGAUAUUAAAUAUUUACGUGUAUCAUUUUAUAUAUUUUAUAAGAUAAGUUUGUUUUGUGAAGUAUCUGAUGCAAAAUAUUUACAUUUCCAGUGUCUUUAACUCCAUUCUGAUGUUGAUGAGUUCGGUUUUAAACUUCAUUAUAAUGCCACUGAAAAGAUGUACUCGGACAAUCAAAGCAACAAAUUGUCAGAAAAAAUGAAAUAUGAUGUGUUGUCUUUUAUUUUUGUGAUGUGUCAGAUAUUAAAAUAUUUAGAUGUAUUAUUUUAUCUCUUUCAAAAGAUCACUCAGUUUGUUUUGUUGUCUUUUCUUUUCCUGAAGUAUCUGAUGCUAAAUAUUCAUCCAAGUGUCUGGUGCCAAAUAUUUACAGUACUAAUAGAAUUAAAAGAUUCAUUCAAUUCAUUCUAUAUGUGCUAUAUUGUCAACAUGUACACAUUACUGACUUGUUCACUGAGUCAAUAAAGCUACAAAAUCA